AUGAGUCAAGAUGAUAUUAAUAAAGAUGUCGCAUUGUGUUCAAUAUGUCAUCAUUUAUUAUGGAAACCUGUUACAUGCAACAUAUGUAAGAACUCAUUUUGUUAUCAAUGCAUUCAUCAACGAGUGAAUGAUGAACAAACCAAUAGUUGUCCAUUUGGUUGUGAAUACGAAGAACAACAAUGUUCAUCCGUUAUACUGGCAUCAUUAUCAAAAUUACAAAUAGAAUGCUCCUACAAAUCGUAUGGUUGUUCUGCGAUUGUUUCGUAUGAUAUACUAGAAGAUCAUGAACAAAAUUGUGAUUAUCGGCAAUAUCAAAAACAGCAUUAUGAUGUUCAGCAACACUUGCAGGAAUGCGCAGAAAUUGUUUUAAAAUGCCAAGAAUGCUCUACACUUUAUCAACGUGAAGAUAUGAAACAACAACAACAUACAAAAAUUCAAUGUUUGAGACAGCAAAUGCUUUCAAUGCAGAACAUAAUGGAACAAACAGCUAAACUACAGCAAGCCACAUUCAGUUCAAUUCUCCAAAAGCAACAACAACAAUUAAAUGCAAUAGAUGAAAACUUAAAAGUGCAACACAACUUAUCAGAACAAAAGCUAAAUUUUGUUGUUGACAAACAGCAACAAUUGCAAACCAGGGGAGACAACACAGAUCAGAAAAUAGAUACGAUUAUUCUUAAGCAACAACAACAAGUAAAAUUAUUGUAUGAUACAAUAGAACAAGGACUAAAAACACAACAAGAUUCAACUGAACAAAAAAUAAGUACUAACAGCGAUAAACAACAACAACAACUUCAUGCGAUAGAAUCAAAAUUUGAUGAAACUAUUAGUGGUGGUAUACAAAAUUUGAAAGAACAAAUGAACGGUAUGAGAAACUAUAGAAUUUUGUUUUUAUGUCUUGAGAAAAGAAUGUAG